AUGGAUAGUCCUCCUCCGUACACCCCAGGCUCCACCUUGAAAAUCAAGAUUUCCCAAAUCUGCAUCAUUUUUACUGUAGAUAAGCUUUUCACACCUUUCACAUCCAGCCAGGUACUCGUCGUCCAUGCAACUUCUAGUAGCGCCAAAUUACCACCAAAUCACCCUCCGCUCGGCACUCCUAUGAUUCUAAAAAUUUACGAUCCUCGCUACGUCGAGGACCGCGAAGCCUUCUACGGUAAUGAUGGCACCUUUUUUCCUGCGAAACCGUGGUCCUUAGAAGACGAAGAAAAAGCCACCGCCUUACGCGAAACCAUGGAGGAUUGGGACGACCUACUGAUUAGCGACGAGAUCGAGAUGGCAAAUCCGGGCAUGGUCAACGCCUACCUUGCACUUGCUGACUCUCCUCUUUCCGGUACUGCUGUACCGACGUUGUAUGGUUUUGGGGAUUUCAUCCCAGAAGAGCCCCGCGCGAUCGUACCCCGCAUACUCCUCCUUGAAUAUGUCCCGCAUUCAACGUCGCUUGACAACCUCAAAAAUAUCAAACUCAUCACGCCAUGGCACAUCCGCACUCUCCUUGCGGCCACUCGGAAAAUGAAUGAACUGGGUGUCGUUCACUGGGAGUUGCAUCCUGGCAACAUCCUUAUUUGUCCAGAUCGUGUUGUUAUUGUCGAUUUUGGGGCGUCGACGACACGAGUACAGGGAGGGACUGAUAUGUUCUCGGAUGACAAGUGGAUGGCGAAGGUAGAGGAUGGUUGGAAUGAACAAACAGUGAGGUUGAUGUUGGAUACACUCAAGGGGCAUGAAGCGCUUGCAUGUGUCGCGUUGGCAGCAAAUAGGGCAAUCUUGGCGCGCCUCGAUCAAAAUAUUGAACCGCGCAAAUGA